UCUUCACGCGAGUGACAAUAAGAUGUGUGGUGGCAGUGAAGGUGGGAAGCUGCAAACGAUUGUACGAAAUGCCGAACUUGAAGUCGAUCCGUGUUAAUUGAUUAGAUUCUGUAGAAUUCAGAAGGAAGUGGGAAAGUAUAAACUAUAAAAACUGGUAUAAAAUCUUAAUCGUGACGACUGGAGGGGUUAAGAUUGUUUUUAUUAGUUAGCAGCUCAGCUCUUGCAUGUAAAUCUUCGUUGUAAAGUUUUGUUAUAUUGCAAUUCUUAGUCAUUGGUACACAAACAUUAGUAAAAUUUUCGCCGAAUAACGAGUUAUGUAGUAAGUGGGUACGAUGGUCGCAGAUAUAGCAUCUGGUAUGACUGUCUCUAUCUAUCAUGAACGUCAGAUAAAAGAACUUUGUGCGUUACAUGCACUAAAUAACUUAUUUCAAGAAAGGGGAUUUAGUAAACAGGAAUUAGAUCAAAUUUGCUAUAAUUUGAGUCCCGAUGUCUGGAUAAAUCCGCACAAGUCGCUGCUCGGUUGCGGUAAUUAUGAUAUAAAUGUUAUUAUGACGGCGUUACAAAGAAGAGGCUGCGAAGCAGUUUGGUUUGACAAACGAAGGGAUACCAAUUGUUUAUACCUUAAUAAUAUCGAAGGCUUUAUCUUGAAUGUACCAACUGAAUAUAAAUUAGGUUUUGUGCUUUUACCAUUGAAACGACGUCAUUGGAUUGCAUUAAAAAGGAUCGACGGUGCCUUUUAUAAUUUGGAUUCCAAGCUAGAUACUCCUCAACUAAUUGGAACGGAUAGCGAUAUACUGGCUUACUUAAAAGAACAAAUGGAGAGUAAAGAAAAAGAACUUUUUCUUGUCGUAACUCAGGAAGUGGAAAAUAAUCAAGGUUGGCUAAUAGAGUCGACUGAGAAAAAUUCAAAUGAAAAAACUGAAACGUUGAAUGAAUUUAUUAAUGACAACCAAGUCCAAAAUGCCAAUAUUGACUUGAAUUUAAACAAUUCUAACGAUACAAUGAAUGAAAAUGGUAACUUUUGCAAUAACCAAAGUUCUAGAUAGUCUAAGUGUAACUAAAUCCAUUUAUACUAUCAUUUUGAUGUUCAUUAUAAUACUGCAUAUUCAAAUAUGCAUUAGAAAUUUAAAAAUAUCAUAAAU